GACCCGUUACCGUUUCUCUCCUCUUCGCUCCCCAAUUCCCGAGGUCCCUCCGCCUGUUAUCUCUGACGGAAAACUGGGAAAGGAGACGGCCAGCGCCGUGGAAGCUUCGGGACUCCUCCUCCUCCUCUCGGGGAUUCGAACCCUAGCCGUCCCCUCCGCCCCCCAAAAGGGGUUUGGUGGUCAUGGAAUGGAUUUGUGAGGAUUUUUAUUGGGAUGCUGUUUCUGGAUGUGUUGGAAUUCUGAAGCCCGCCAGAUAGAUAGGGUGCAGAGGACGAAGAGGAGGAGGAGGAGGAGGAAGAGGAGGUGAUAAGCAAGAACAGCCACGAUGGGAGAGUCCCUCCUCACCACCUUGUCCAUGGAGAACCUCCACCCCUCCACCCUUCUCUCCAUGGACCCCAGCGGCGGUGCCCCUCCGCCGGCCGUCGCCUCCUCCGCGUCCGUCCACGACGACUGCGACCGGGAGCUCAUGAUCCAGCAGCGCCAGCAGAUGGUUCUCCCGGGCCCCCCCGACAUCAACCUCCCCCUCUCGGCUGAGCGCUCCCCUCCGCCGCAAUCAUGGUGCUCCGACCCCUGCGACAUCCUCGACGUCGGCCUCGGCCCCCAGAUCUAUGAGACAGAGGCCGUCCUCAACCUCCCCAAGGCCGGUUGCAGCGCCACCGCGGUUGCCGCUGUCGCCGGCGCCAGGAAAUGCGCCAAGAGAGGGGAUAGCAUCUGGGGUGCUUGGUUCUUCUUCAAUUUCUACUUCAGGCCCGUCCUCUCUGAGAAAUCCAAGGCAAAGAUCAUCCGGGAUGCAAACGGUGUUUCAGGCUUCGACAAGGCCGAUCUCCGGCUCGACGUGUUCAUGGUCCAGCAUGACAUGGAGAACAUGUACAUGUGGGUCUUCAAGGAGCGGCCGGAGAACGCUCUUGGCAAGAUGCAGCUGAGGAGCUUCAUGAACGGGCACUCCCGCCUCGGGGAGCCCCAAUUCCCUUUCAGCGCCGACAAGGGUUUUGUCCGUUCCCACCGGAUGCAGCGCAAGCAGUACAGGGGCCUGUCAAACCCGCAGUGCGUGCAUGGGAUCGAGGUCGUAAGGUCACCUAAUCUCUCAGUGGUCUCUGAGUCUGAUCGAAAGAAGUGGAUGGAGCUCACGGGGAGGGACCUCAAUUUUUCAAUCCCUCUAGAGGCCAGCGAUUUUGGGUCAUGGAGGAACCUUCCGAACACUGACUUCGAGCUCGAGAGACCGCUUCCGUCCUUGAAGAGCACUCCCCAUCCCCAUCCAAGGAGGUUGCUUAAUGGCUCGGGUCUGAAUUUAUCAACACAUUCAUCAUUGAAUCAUUCCGGUGGAGAUGGUAUGGAUGUCUCCAAUUCGUGCACUAAACGUAGGAAGGACUUCUUCUCGCAUGGGGUGGACGAGGAUUGUUGCUUGCUGAAUAAUUCUUAUCCAGAUAGGUCCCAAGAUAUUGACAUGCAUCCAGUCGAACCAGUACCAUGGCUAAAUGAGUUUAGUGGUGUGAUGAGGCAUGCGUAUGGACCCGUGACUGCAGCAAAGUCUAUAUAUGAGGAUGAUCAGGGGUACCUGAUAGUAGUUAGCUUGCCUUUCUCUGAUCAACAGAGGGUGAAGGUCUCCUGGAGGAACAAUCUUACUCAUGGGAUAGUGAAGAUAUCAUGUGUUAGCACCGCUCGGAAUCUAUAUAUAAAGAGACAUGAUAGAACUUUCAAGCUGACCGACCCUUCUCCUGAGCACUGUCCACCAGGGGAGUUUGUAAGAGAAAUUCCUCUGGCAACACGCAUUCCUGAAGAUGCUAAAUUGGAAGCAUAUUAUGAUGAAUCUGGCACUGUUCUUGAGAUAAUGGUCCCUAAGCACCGCAUCGAACCAGAAGAGCAUGAAGUUCAUGUCUGUAUGCGCCCGCCUCAUCUUGGGGCAAAUGAACUUCUGUUGACUUGAAAAGGCAAGGAUUUUUAUGUGUACGGGUGGUUGCCAUGGUCUGUUUCCAUUGUUUUCUAACUUUGUACCAUAAAAGGAAACCUAUGAAAUGAAAGUGCACCCUUACCAUACACACUUCCUUUUGCAACUUGGCUUUGCUGACUGCUUUGGUGCUCUAUCAUGUUUUGCUGUUGGGAUGACGUCAGAGCUACUCGCACGCUGGAGGCUCGAAAGGCAAAUGGCGUAAGUUUCUUCAUCUUUGCGUCCUUGGAUAUGCCGGAAUUCGUCAUGCCACUCAGGGUUCUAGGGAACAUGAUGAGCCAAGAUUUGUAUAUACAUUCAUAUUUUGAAAUGUAGUAAGAAAGUUUGUUAAUGUGAUGUUGGAAUUUUUUGAAAAAAUUCUCUCUUUUUUUGUUUAUUUGGUGGAAACAAAAUGGUGAAUGUGUUGGGAUUUUUUUAUUGAAGGAUUUAUUUCUCUUGAUGGAACCAAACGAUGAAUAUCACCUUGAUUUAGAUUGCU